AUAGAAAUUUCAUGGCUUGCACUUUUUGAGUCUAUCACCUUCGGUUUCUACUGUAAUGUCGACAUCAGAACUCUUUACGCCUACUACUGUUUUCUCCCUAUUGGGCGUUGUCGCUAUUCUGGCCGCAAGCUAUGCUGCUUCAACACUCCUUCUGCCUAAAUCCGCUCGAACCGUGGAUCGCUAUAUAUUCAUAUGGUUGGCUUUCGACGCGCUAAUUCACUUCAUUUUCGAAGGAAGUUUCCUUUACUACAGUACCUUUGGCAGAACUGUCUUCCGAGGAUCUGGCCCCUUUGCUGAACUAUGGAAGGAGUAUGCCAAAGCUGACGUCCGUUGGGGUAUGGCUGACCCAACUGUUGUUUCGCUCGAAUUACUGACUGUGUUUGGAGCUGGUCCGUUGUGCGUUUUCUUGAUGUAUCAGAUUGUACGAAAUGAUCCCGCGCGCUACUACAACUACAUCGUUUUGUCGGUUGCUGAAAUCUAUGGAGGAUGGAUGACUUUCUGCCCUGAGUGGCUAACGGGAAGUGUUUUUCUGAGCACCAAUAACUGGUUACACCACUGGCUUUACCUUUGGUUUUUCAACGGUAUUUGGGUUGUUAUUCCCGGAUAUCUUCUCUACCAUGCUUACGAAGAGAUCGUGUAUCCUCUACGCCUUGUUCAAACCUUGGCAAACGAUGAACCCAAGGAGGAAACCAAGAAGGACUAAGCGUUAAUGCCAAGAGUUGGCUGUAUUUGACAGAAUGUUUAUUAUGCUGUUAUAAAAUAUAAUAUAUCGUCUUCAACACCCUAUGCUUCGGAUAACUUAUGAUACAAUUUUUGGUGAUAAAAUCAAUAGCUGUUGGUACAUUGGCGUCAUUAUGUCUUUGAUGUUGUGCUGCUUCUCCUUCUCUGCAUUAUUUCUUUUAACACUUCGUCUUCCCACUCCUCCUUUGGUAUACCUUUGCCGAGAUAUUGCUCCACUCUAACAUGAUUCGGUUCUUGGUCAUAUUGCAGAGCAGCCCAAUCUGAUUCGAAUGUAUUCGCUGCCGAGCUGUCACAUGAGGUUAGGAAACUGGAUACACCUUGCUACGAG